AUGGGAGCCCUUCUGUCGCUGCCACUGUUGGCCAUCCCCUCGGUUGGGUCGCUCAUGACCUUCGCCGCCAGUUGCUGUGGAGCUGCCACAUGCUCGGCCGUCUGCAGUGCUGCCGGAAAAUGCAACAAUAGCAUGGCUACACGUAUCGCCUACGCCGUCAUCCUCUUGCUCAAUUCGUUGCUGUCCUGGAUCAUGCUCACCGACUGGGCCGUCAAGAAACUCCAACACGUUCUGCUCGAUUUCGCCACAAUCUCCUGCAACGGCAAGGCCUGUUAUGGCUUCACUGCUGUUCACCGUAUCAACUUUGCUCUCGGCUUCUUCCAUUUCAUCAUGGCUCUGCUGCUUAUUGGCGUCAAAAACACCCGCGACAAGAGAUCGGCUGUUCAAAAUGGUUUCUGGGGGCCCAAGUUGAUUGCCUGGAUUGGUCUCAUUGUCAUCUCCUUCCUGAUUCCUGACGGCUUCUUCAUUGUCUGGGGCAAUUACGUCGCUCUGGUCGGAGCUGUUCUGUUCCUGCUCUUGGGACUCGUCCUUCUGGUAGACCUGGCGCAUAGUUGGGCCGAGUACUGUCUGGAAAAGGUUGAAACUACCGAUUCUCAGUUCUGGAAGUCGCUUCUCAUCGGCUCGACCCUGACCAUGUACCUCGGAUCUAUCGUCAUGACCAUUCUCAUGUACAUCUUCUUCGCCGGCUCGGGAUGCUCCAUGAACCAGGCUGCAAUCACCGUCAACUUGAUCUGCCUGUUGAUCAUCUCUGUCAUCAGUGUUCACCCGAUGAUUCAGGAGUCCAACCCUCGCGCUGGUCUGGCUCAAGCCGCCCUUGUCUGUGUGUACUGCACCUACCUGACUCUGUCGGCUGUCGCCAUGGAGCCUGAUGACCACCAGUGCAACCCUCUGGUUCGUGCUCGUGGUGCCCGCAGAACUACCGUCAUCAUGGGUGCAAUCCUCACCUUCUUGACUGUGGCCUACACUACUACUCGCGCUGCCACUUAUGGCCUGGCUAUGGGCACAGGUAAGCCCGGUGGCUACCACCAAGUUGGCGAAGGCGACCACGAGCACGGUCUUGUCGCAACUCAGCCUUCAUCUCGCCGCGAGAUGCGCGCCGAAGCUCUUCGUGCAGCUGUGGCUUCUGGCUCUCUCCCCUCCUCAGCUCUCGACGAAUCCGACGACGACAGCGAUGAUGAUGACGAGUACCCCGGUGCUCACCCUCGCGACGACGAGAAGAACGCCACCCAAUACAACUACACACUCUUCCACAUCAUUUUCCUGCUUUCCACAGCAUGGGUUGCAACACUGCUGACCCAAAACGUCGGAGGCGAUUCGUUGAUCGAGAAGGGCGAUUUCGUGCCUGUGGGACGUACUUACUGGGCUUCUUGGGUCAAGAUUGUCAGCUCAUGGGUGUGCUACGGCAUGUUUGGUUGGACACUUGUGGCGCCUGUUGUGCUCCCCGAACGCUUUGAUUAUUAG